AGAGAUCAAAAUUGAACCUGAAAUGGGUAAUUAAUCAUUCAAAGAAAAUCAAACUCGCGGCGUUGAUCGGAGUUAACAAUUACAGUCCGAUCAUAACCCAAAACCCAAAACCCUUCCCGCCAUUUCUCAGUUCUUCGCUUCCGGCAGCUUUGUUCUGUUUUCUCUGCAUUUACUCUCUCUGAAAUCGUUUAUACUCGUUUUAGUAUCUACAAUUGAUGCUUCCUCUGCGUUCAUGCUACUGUUUACGCCCCAUUACAUUGGUUCAUCCUCAAUUCAAGAAACUCAUCUUCUCCAACAAACCUCCCUCUGUCAAACCCAUUUUUAAGAAUUUUGUUUCAGCAAUGUCUUCUCGUCCUUCUGCUUUCGAUGCUCUCAUGUCCGGUGCUCGGGCCGCUGCCAAGAAGAAGCCUGUAAAUUCUUCUCCCAAGAAGCGUAAAGCCCUAGAUUCUUUAGACCCUCCUCCGAAAUCUAACUCUUCCCUGGCUUUGGAGUCAACGCCGCCUGUUGAAUCGCAGUGCGGUAGUUCAACCUCAACUUUGGAUAAUCAUGGAUAUCCUAAUCUGGUUAAGUCCGAGGAAGCUGUAGAUUUGGGGGAAACCAAGUUGCGUCAGGAUGAUGGUGGGAAUUUUGGAGGCAAGAUUGGGCCGGUUGCGAAUAAGAAGUGCGCGUCUAGUGUUCAAGAAAGAACUGCGAAAUUGAAGAGCUCUAUCCCAGAGUUGAAAAAGAAGGCCAAGGAUUUCAACUCGAAAACAUUUGCAUGUUGGAAUGAGGGCGAACGGGUUCCAUUUUUGUUUCUGUGUUUGGGGUUUGAUAUGAUUUCGGAGGAGUCUAGUAGGAUUACUAUCACCGAUAUCGUCUGCAACAUGUUGAGGACCGUCAUGGAUACUACACCCGACGACUUGGUAGCCACUGUGUAUCUUUUGGCGAAUAAGAUUGCUCCCGCGCACGAAGGGCUCGAGUUGGGUAUUGGGGAUGCUUCUAUUAUCAAAGCUCUUUCUGAGGCAUUUGGGAGGACAGAGGCACAGGUUAAAAAACAGUACAAGGAAUUGGGAGAUUUAGGUCUUGUUGCCAAAGCGAGCCGUUCGUCACAAUCCAUGAUGCGAAAGCCUGAUGCUUUAACUAUUACCAAAGUAUUUGACUCAUUUCGGCUGAUCGCUAAGGAAUCUGGCAAGGAUAGUCAGGAGAAGAAAAAGAACCAUAUCAAGUCACUGCUUGUUGCUGCCACUGACUGCGAACCUUUGUAUCUGAUUAGAUUGCUGCAGACAAAAUUGCGAAUUGGACUUGCUGAGCAGACUCUUUUAGCUGCAUUAGGGCAAGCAGCUGUAUAUGCUGAAAAACAUUCAACACCCCCAGCGAACGUUCAAUCUCCUCUAGAAGAGGGUGCUAAGAUUGUAAAGCAGGUGUAUUCUGUGCUCCCUGUUUAUGAUAAACUUGUCCCUGCGCUUCUUAAUGGUGGUGUGUGGAACCUUUCAAAAACAUGCAACUUUACACCGGGAAUUCCAAUUGGACCUAUGUUGGCAAAACCAACAAAGGGAGUCUCCGAGAUCUUAAAUAAAUUCCAGGGUUUGGAAUUUACUUGUGAAUACAAAUAUGAUGGGGAACGUGCCCAGAUUCAUUACAUGGAAGAUGGUUCAGUUGAGAUCUACAGUCGAAAUGCUGAACGGAACACUGGAAAGUUCCCUGAUGUUGUUCUCACGGUAUCAAGGAUAAAGAAACCAUCUGUAAGAUCGUUUAUUUUGGAUUGUGAACUUGUUGCUUAUGAUCGUGGAAAACAGAAGAUUUUGCCUUUUCAGAUUCUGAGUACACGAGCUCGCAAGAACGUGGCCGUGAGCGAUAUUAAGGUUGAAGUGUGUGUAUUUGCUUUUGAUUUACUCUAUCUUGAUGGUCAACCACUUAUUCAGAAAGAACUUAGUGUUCGUCGAGAGCAUCUCUAUGAUUCAUUUAUUGAAGAAGCUGGAUAUUUUCAAUUUGCCACAGCAAUAACAACAAGCGAUCUUGAGGAAAUACAAAAAUUCCUUGAUGCAUCUGUUGAUCAAAGUUGUGAGGGUUUAAUCAUCAAAACAUUGAACCGGGAUGCUACUUACGAGCCUUCCAAGAGGUCACUUAACUGGCUAAAACUGAAGAAGGAUUACAUAGACAACAUAGGGGAUUCACUUGAUCUGGUACCAAUUGCUGCUUUCCAUGGCCGUGGGAAGCGUACAGGUGUCUAUGGCGCAUUUCUCCUUGCCUGUUAUGACAAUGACAAUGAAGAAUUUCAAAGUAUUUGUAAGAUUGGAACUGGUUUUUCUGAAGCAAUGCUUGAGGAACGUUCUGCUAGUCUCCGUUCUAAAGUCAUUCCAGAACCAAAGUCAUAUUAUCGGUAUGGAGAUACAAUCAAUCCAGAUGUUUGGUUUGAACCUACUGAGGUUUGGGAGGUUAAAGCGGCAGACUUGACUAUCAGCCCAGUUCAUCGUGCAGGAGUCGGCAUCGUGGAUUCCAACAAGGGAAUUUCUCUUCGGUUUCCACGUCUUGUUCGUGUAAGGAAAGACAAAACUCCAGAGGAGGCCACAUUGUCUGAGCAGGUUGCCGACAUGUAUAAUGCUCAGAAACUCAACCACCAAAACAAUCAAGAUGACAAUGAUGAAGACUGAGGACUGAAGUUUUAAUUCUUUCGAAACGUGUUGCUCUCUUGAUUUUCGAACGGAUAAUUAUUGGCAAAUUACCAUGUCUGGUCAUGGCGCCAUGGCACGUGUCGUGUCUGCUUGGCCUUGGGGGGUAUGUUUCAGGUUCAACCGAUCAGAUUUUAACUGAUUUCUAUAUUCCUUGCAAUGCAUAAAAUGUUUUCCUGCUGUUGAGCCAAGAGUUUCAUGGGCCCACAUAUGUUCUCAAAUCACCCUUAACAAUGUAGACAAAAAUGUGAAAUCAAUUUUUGCGUUUCUUCUAUCUCGACACUUGUAGUACAUUACAAAUUUUUGGAUAUUACAUGAGCUGUUUCUCGUGUCA